CACAAACCAGGUCCAUAAAAAAAUGAAUCCUAAUUUUAACCCAUCGCUAAAACCUGUAGAAAACUUCGAUGCAUACAAUGAUGCUGAAAAUCUACAAAACGCCAUUAAAGGUGUAGGAACAGAUUCAAAGACACUUAUCAAUAUUUUAUGUCGUCGUACUGAUGAUCAAAGGAUUAAAAUUGUGAAGGCAUACAGUCAGUUAUUUAAUAAAAACUUACAACACGAAAUCAUAUCAGGAAUAACGGGAAACUUCCAGAAUGUCUUGUUUGGAUUAUUAACACCGAAAAAUGAAUUUUAUGCAAACGAAAUUUACGAGGUUUUAUCAAGCAAGUCCAAAAUAUUAGACUUAAUAGUAGAUGUGCUAUGCUUGAUGACUAAUAAAGAAAUAAAUGACAUAUCCAAUGCUUAUCAGCGACUUUAUGAUAAAUCGCUUGAACAGCACAUGAGAGAACAACUUAGUGGACAUUUUGAGAAUAUGCUGAUAAGCCUGGCAGAAGGCAAAAGAAUUGAGAAUCCAAUGGAUGAGAAGAAUGCAUUUCAAGUAGAUGCAAGGCUUCUUAAAGAAGCUAUUAAUCGAAUUUUCAAAGACGAAGCCAAAAUCGUAGAGGUUUUUGGAUGUAGAAGCACUGAGCAUUUAAAAUUAAUGGCCAAGGAAUAUGAGGCAAUCAAAGGAGUAUCUCUUGAGGAUGAUAUUAAAAGUAAAUUUCAUGGAUGCUUCAAGGAUGCUCUGUUAUUAAGAUUGAAUCCUGAAAGUCAAUGUAAACAUUUUUCUCGUCGUCUUCACAGAUCAAUGGCUGGGAUAGGAACAAAUGAUUCAACUCUCAUUCGUAUCUGCAUCUCACGUUGUGAAAUUGACAUGAAUGAUAUAAAAGCUGAGUUUCAAAGCAAAUUUUCAGAGUCACUAAUGUCAUUUAUAAAAGGUGACACAUCCGGAAAUUAUAAGAAAGCACUUCUAGCACUAUGUGGUGAAGCAACAGAUUGACAUCACUUAUGAACGAUUCCUAAUCUUAAUAAAAAUGUUUACUAGUUUGCAAGAAUUCCAAAGCUUUAAUUCCUCGUGAUCAUCCAAGCCAUAAUUCAUGAUCGAGCAUCAAGAAGAAGAAAUAUAUAAAAAAAAUCAUCUAAAUGCCUCGCGGAAUC